CUUCGUGGAGAUGAGGUUGCAGUUUAGGUCAGAAUUUACAGUCACAUUUUCGAUAAGUCCUGUUUACAAGCUUAUAUAUUUGUAGGACGCUGAAGUUUUGUGUGUUUCAUGGUGCAGAAGUUAUACCAGUGUGAACAGUUCCUUGCAAACACUUGAGUGAAUUUUAAACCUUCUUCAGACACAGGCUCGGAUAAAUCUACACAGAUUUCAGCGUCUGCUUUCAGAUGGCGAUAUUCUGGUGCGCGAUCAAUAAAUAAAGUAAUUUCAGAACAAAAAUGAGUAUGGAAAGGAAUUUAAGCAGAGUUAGCAACAGUCAGCAACACAAGACAAGCGAAUCUACAAUGUCCAGGAGUAUGCAUUACGCUGUUGCGUUCCUAAUCCUUGUCGUACAAUGUUUUCCUUGUUCCGGAAUCUGCCACAUGAGCGCUUGUGACGCCCUUCAAGAGAUGAAGAACGACAUUGCGAAGCAUUCCAGUGCUAAUGAAGCAGCAAACCAGGAUGAAUCAUUGGAAAUUCGAUUUGCCAAACUGGAACGGCGUGUGAGAUCCGUCGAACAGCCAGUUUGGCCUAUUAUGGAUACAGACGAGCGGUGGAUCCACUGCUGUGAGGGUAAUUGCCAUUGUCUCCCAGAGACCAUGACCUUAAGUUGUUGGCGCCAUGAGCUAGGAGAACUUCCAACUGAUCAAGUGGUGCCAAAUGAUGUCCAAGUUAUAGACCUGGGGAUUAAUUUCUUAACCACUCUUCACAAGAACACAUUUCAAGGUCUUACGUUACUUUCUGAACUAGACCUGUUUGACAACCAAAUCGAUUACUUACCUGAAUCACUUUUUAAUUCUUUGGACAGUCUUCUGCACUUGCGACUACAAAGAAAUCGUUUGGUUGAGAUUCCUCAAAAAUUAUUUCUGAAGUUGAUCAACUUGGAAACUCUUGACCUGUCAAUGAACUCUGUACGACAUAUGCCUCAGGAACUGUUUCAAGGCAACAGGAAGCUGACUGUGAUCCAUCUAUCAAGCAAUUCCCUCAAUGAUCUACCAGGGCAAAUAUUUCAAGAUUUAGUUCACUUGGAGGAACUAGAUCUCUCCAGCAACAUACUAACCGAUAUUCAACCUGAGACGUUUAAAGGUCUGAAUUCACUGAGACGCUUGCAGAUGCACAACAAUUUAAUACAGCAGCUGCCUGAAGAAGUGCUGAGUGAUCUCGAGGCUUUGGAGCAGCUGUCCUUACAAAAGAAUCACCUUUCUUCGAUUCCCCCAAAUCUCUUCAGCAAUCUAAAACAUCUCAAGCACUUGGACCUAACAAACAAUUGGAUAUCUUUGCUUGGCGGGCAAGAAUUCUCGAACCUCGGUGAACUGGAAGAGUUGCAUCUCGGUCAAAACUACCUGGAGAAACUACCAGAUGGGAUGUUCCUUCACAUGAAAAUGCUUAAAAAACUAUUCCUCUUCAACAAUAAUUUAGAAAGACUGAACUCAAAAACACUGGAAGGUUUGAGCAACCUUUCCUCACUCCUGAUCAACAACAAUUUACUAAAACGUAUUGGAGCCUUCAUCUUUUCUCAUGUGCCAGAUCUCAUAAAAUUGCAUAUCGACAGCAACAAACUGCAGUUUAUUCCAGCUGGAUCAUUGGAUUUUAUUCCCAAACUCAGGACAAUGAAACUAGGAAAAAAUCCAUGGAACUGUGACUGCUCUGCCCUCUACCUUUCAAUGUGGUUACGUGAAAACAAACAUAAAGUCUGGGACUCAACCCCUACAUGCCAUGGGCCAGGAGAUCUUGGUGGACAGCGCAUUGAAGACAUGGUGUUUGAUGAUCUCUGCACAGGACAAUGGGCGAGUAUGAUGAACUUAGCUCCACGUUUACCCAUAAAGUGAGCACACAUAUAUGUAAACAACAUGUAAUAUUAGUAAGUGAUAAUGAAGCCUUAGAACAUCUUGUAUA